AGGACAAAGAGUCAACUUUUUUUCCCUUUUAACCUUCUUUUCUCUUAAAAAAAUCGUUUGCGAGAGACCAGGAGAAACUUACCAGACACCAUUUCCACAAUCGUUACCAAAAAAAGAAUUAUGUAUAUCUAAAAAAAUUGGCUUCAAAUCAAGAUUUCUCCCCUAAAAUUACUCUAAAAAUUGACUAAAAAACAUCCCAUUCGAUUCGAGUGUUUUUUUUUUCGUUUCUUUUUUGUAAUUCGUAUUUUCGAGUCGCGUAUCUAUCAGGUGCAGUGUUUCAAUUCUCGUCCGUUCUCGACCAAGUGGAUGUUUUUUUCCUUCGGAUCAGUCAGGCCAUCAUAGAUGUGCCAUCUAGAGACUUUGCGCAUCAUCAUCCUCAUCAUUCUCAUCCUCCUCCUCUUCCUCUGCUCCUCGAUGCGACUUGACUCUUCCGAACUCUAUAAAUCGAAGAAGGAGGAGUCUUAACUUCUUUUUUUUUUUUUAAAGGGUGGGAACUUUUUUUCUUUUCUUUUUUUUUUUUGCUGCUCGCGAGUUGUGAUGAUGAUGAUGAUGAUGUCGGUGAACAGCAGUAGCAAGCAGUCGUUUGUUAUGCCUCACACCUCUUUACCCGAGCCCAAGUACUCUUCCUUGCAUUCCUCUUCUACUCCGACUUCUUCUUCGUCCAAUUCAGCCUCGUCCACCUCGUCCUCCACUUUGACUUCGGACUCGCAUUCGUCGUCCUGCUCGUCCUCACGACACAGCAGCAGCAUCAGCACCAGCAUCAUCAGUACCAGCAUCAGCAGCAGCGUCAGCUCAGAGGCAAUGCGCCGUGCGGGUCUCCCGACCCCACCGAGCAACAUAUUCGGCGGCUUGGAUGAGAGUCUGCUGGCUCGCGCCGAAGCUCUGGCGGCGGUGGACAUCGUCUCGCAGACCAAAAGUCACCACCAGCACCAGCAGCAGCACCACCACCCUCACCAUCCUCCGCAUCCACACCAGUCUCACCCUCCGCCUCACCACAGCCCGUUUAAGCCGGACGCGACCUACCACGCCAUGAACGCGUUGCCGUGCACGUCCUCGACCUCCUCGUCGUCGUCCUCGUCCGUCCCAAUCUCUCACUCGUCUGCGCUGGGUGGCGGCGGCAACGGAGGCCACCACCACCAUCAUCACCACCAUCACCACCACCACCCUCAGUCUCACCAAGCGCUCGAAGGGGAGCUUCUCGAGCACCUCAGCCCGGGCCUUGCGCUUGCAGGGGCAGCCAUGGACGGAUCGGUGGUGUCCACGCCGGCGGGACACAUGGCCGGCGUGAACCACCCCAUGCACCAGGCAGCCAUCAACAUGGCGGCGGCGGCGGCGGCGCACGCCCACGCCCACGCGCACGCCCACGCCCACGCGCACGCCCACGCGCUCCCCUCGGCGCACCACCUGGGCUGCCCGAGCGACGUGGACGCCGAUCCGCGGGACCUCGAGGCGUUCGCCGAGCGCUUCAAGCAGCGGCGCAUCAAGCUCGGCGUGACGCAGGCUGACGUGGGCGCGGCGCUCGCCAACCUCAAGAUACCCGGCGUGGGCUCGCUCAGCCAGAGCACGAUCUGCCGCUUCGAGUCGCUCACGCUCUCGCACAACAACAUGAUCGCUCUCAAACCCAUUCUCCAGGCGUGGCUCGACGAGGCCGAGAAGUCGCACCGCGAGAAGCUCAGCAAGCCCGAGCUCUUCAACGGCGCAGAGAAGAAGCGCAAGCGCACGUCCAUCGCGGCGCCCGAAAAGCGCUCCCUCGAGGCCUACUUCGCCAUCCAGCCGCGACCCUCGUCCGAAAAAAUCGCCGCCAUCGCUGAAAAGCUGGACCUCAAAAAGAACGUUGUGCGCGUCUGGUUCUGCAACCAGAGGCAGAAACAAAAACGCAUGAAAUACUCGGCGUGCGUGUAAAAAAAAAAAAAAAGAAGAAGUAUAAUAAUAAAAGUUUCACUCUUUUAAAAAAAGACUUCACGAACUGUUUGUAUAACAUUUCUUAUCCUCACAUCUUUUUUCCCCCUCCUGAAUCAUCCAUACCUCGUGCACUGAAGCAGACUGUCACUCUGACUGCAAACACCAAAAUCACUGUCACGUCAAAAGAGGAUGUGGAGACAUUUAUAAAGGACCGGACCAAGUAAGACCUUGUUUUUCCCCUUUUGAUAUUUAACUUGGUCAUGAUGGUUUCAGAUGAGUGUGACUAUUUUCCCGUCUCUCUAA